ACUCGUCUAAUAUUCUACCCUUUUCUAGCGAGCCAGCACUAUUAUACCAUUUCGUCUACUCUACCUUCGCUCUAGCGAUCUAUCAUUUCUAAUACUAGUUUUCGCCUUGUGCUCCGUCGCUCAUCAUGUCGUCUAUGCGGGGUUUGGUCCAGUUCAUUGCCGACUUGCGUAAUGCAAGAGCGCGCGAGCUGGAAGAGAAGCGGGUGAAUAAGGAAUUGGCCAACAUUCGACAGAAAUUCAAGGGUGGCAGCUUGAACGGAUACCAGAAGAAGAAAUACGUCUGCAAGCUGCUCUACGUCUAUAUCCAGGGCUACGACGUCGACUUCGGUCAUUUGGAGGCCGUCAAUCUGAUCUCUUCCACCAAAUAUUCCGAGAAACAGAUCGGGUACCUGGCGGUGACUCUAUUUCUACAUGAGCAGCAUGAACUGUUGCAUCUGGUUGUUAACAGUAUUCGGAAGGAUUUGCUGGAUCACAAUGAGCUGAACAAUUGUCUGGCGCUCCAUGCGGUUGCCAACGUUGGUGGAAGGGAGAUGGGCGAGGCGCUCUCGACGGAUGUCCAUCGCUUGCUCAUUUCGCCGACCUCCAAAGCCUUUGUGAAAAAGAAGGCGGCCCUUACCCUGCUUCGAUUGUAUCGCAAAUACCCCGGCAUUGUACAGGCGGAGUGGGCGGAACGCAUAAUCUCCAUUAUGGAUGAUCCCGAUAUGGGUGUCACUCUGUCAGUGACUUCGCUGGUCAUGGCACUGGCACAGGAUAAGCCGGAGGAAUAUGCCGGGUGUUAUGUCAAGGCUGCUUUUAGACUGAAAAGGAUUGUGGUCGAUAACGACAUUGCGCCUGAUUAUCUCUAUUAUCGUGUGCCAUGCCCGUGGAUUCAGGUGAAAUUGCUGCGGUUACUGCAGUACUACCCUCCUUCCGGCGAUACCCAUGUCCGCGAGAUUAUUCGAGAAUCCCUGCAGCAGAUCAUGAACUCGGCUAUGGAUGCGCCCAAGAACGUUCAACAGAACAACGCCCAGAACGCCGUCCUUUUCGAAGCCAUCAACCUUCUUAUUCACCUGGACACCGAGCAUAGCCUGAUGUUGCAGAUCUCCGCUCGGUUAGGGAAAUACAUUCAAUCCCGUGAAACGAAUGUCCGAUAUCUGGGAUUGGAGGCAUUGACGCAUUUCGCCGCUAGGGCGGAAACCCUUGAUCCCAUUAAGAAGCACCAGAGCAUCAUCCUUGGCUCACUGCGCGACCGCGAUAUCAGUGUUCGGCGGAAGGGCUUGGAUUUGGUCUACAGUAUGUGCGACACGACGAAUGCUGGUCCCAUUGUGAACGAGCUGUUACGCUAUCUCCAAACUGCCGACUAUGCGAUUCGAGAAGAGAUGGUCUUGAAGGUCGCCAUUCUCACGGAGAAAUACGCUACGGACGCCCAGUGGUACAUUGACAUGACGCUCAAGCUUCUGUCUUUGGCAGGGGACCACGUGAACGAAGAAGUGUGGCAGCGGGUUAUUCAGAUUGUGACUAACAACGAAGAGCUCCAAGCCUACGCGGCACACAACCUCCUUGGGUACCUGAAGACAGACUGCCACGAGAGCUUGGUGAAGAUUGGCUGUUACGUCUUGGGGGAGUUCGGCCAUCUGAUUGCUGACAGCCAGGGAUCGAGUCCGAUCGAGCAAUUUUUGGCCCUGCAGGCCAAGAUGAUCACCAGCACUGAUAACACGCGGGCCAUGAUUCUGUCAUCCUUCAUCAAGUUUGUCAACCUCUUCCCGGAAAUCAAACCUCACCUUUUGCACAUAUUCCGCCUGUACAGCCAUUCUCCCGAUUCCGAGUUGCAGCAGCGUGCUUUUGAGUAUCUGUCACUGGCGACGCUUCCCACGGACGACCUGCUUCGGACAGUUUGCGAUGAAAUGCCUCCCUUCUCUGAGCGAGCCUCGAUCCUGCUCUCCCGUCUACACCAGAAAACAGCAGGUACAACGGAGAAGAAGACAUGGGUGGUGGGCGGCAAGGAUGCUAAUGCCGACCAGAAGGAGGUACUUAUGGCGCAGAACACGGGCUUGAAGCGUAGCUUCACCACAAUUGUUAAUGGUACGAAGACUGGGACGAAUGGAUCAGCCUCCGGACAGAGUGCCUCUGGCGACCUAGCAGGGCUGGAUCUCAACACCCCUGCUGCUCCUAACAUGGCCAGCGCCGCCCAUCUGACACCCGAUUGGGACGUCGGAUAUAAUAAACUCUACUUUAACGAUGAAGGUGUUCUCUUCGAGGACGCGCAGAUCCAGGUCGGCCUGCGGUCUGAAUACCGGGGCCAUAUGGGUGUGGUCAAGAUCUAUCUUUCCAACAAGUCGUCUUACCCGAUUGGGUCUCUGACGACCACGCUGGACAACCGAGCUGCCCCGAAUCUCAAGCUUGACACGAAAAGUCUGCCCGAGCCGUCUGUGCCGGCAGCUGGGCAGACACAGCAAACGCUUCUGGUUGAAUCGCACGGGCCGUUCACGGAUGCGCCCACCAUCCGCAUCUCGUACCUUGCAGGAGCGCUCCAGGCUUACACACUGCAGCUUCCGAUCCUGAUGCACCGGUACAUGGAGCCAUCGGCGCUGUCGGCGGAAGACUUCUUCAAACGGUGGCGGCAGAUCGGCGGAGGGCCAUUGGAGGCGCAAAACACCUUUGCAGCGACGGCGCGAGCCAAGGACAUUGGCGAAGCGUUCACUCGGCGGGUGGUGGAAGGAUUCGGCUGGAAGAUUUUGGAUAACGUGGAUCCUAACGGGAAGAAUAUAGUGGGCUGCGCUGUUUACCAAUUCGUCAACGGGAAGACGGGUUGUCUUCUGCGACUAGAGCCCAACUAUGAACGGAAGAUGUACCGAGUCACUAUCCGGGCCACGCAAGAAGCAGUGCCGCAAGCACUGGCCAAGCAGAUGGAGCAACGGCUGUCGCAAGGACUGUCGUAGGGGAGGGAUCGGUCAACCGCUUAUAUAAAUUCUCA